GUACACAUUUCGCCGUCGGGAGGGAAGUGAGAUACAAAAGAAGGAAAGAAAGAGGAGGUUCUCAGCAUGUGGAGAGAAGCAAAAACAACACAGCCCUAGGGAUGUAUAGAUGGGGCACUUCUCGAGACACACAUGCACCUAAAUGCUUCGUAUAUGGACACACGUUUCUUUUUGUUGCUGCUGAGACUGCAGGGCUGAAGAAUCAGCAGCACCGCCGCCGUUUCGGCUGGAAAUAACCCAAACGCUUUCUCCUUAGCUCGGCAAAAGGAAAGAAAAAAAAAAUACUUUUGCAUAUAUUUUCUCAAAAAUUACCCCCAAAGAGAAACUAAAAAAAUUGUCUGCUGACAACAGGGAAUCAUCUUCAAAUGGCUAUCAUAAUUUGUCCAAGUAGAAAAUGCCGCGGCACGCAAUGACGUAAUUAGCCUUUUACAAUUGAUGAAUUGGAAAAGGAAAGCCGAGUAGUCUUCAGGCCUGUAUUUUUCUCUACUCUACCGUGCAUGCUUAGCUCAUUUACUCAUUUAGUGUGUGGCAUAAACUCCAACAUCGAGGUGAAACGUGAAAGCAUCAACAAAGUUGGACAAGUUAAGCUUUAAAAAUAAAUAUAUUUAUGGACGUUUUCCGUGAAUGUCUGGGACUCAGUGGGCCCCAGCAGGACAUGCGCUAAUAACGGAGCCAAACUGCUGUUCGGACCAUUUGCCAUAAUUCUACUUCAUCGUUUCUUCUUUUCCUUUUUUUUUUUUCUUCUUUCUCUUGUAUGGUUUCAACAAGUUGUAAUUAGUUGGUAUUCUUUCUCCCCCACCCCACAGGAAGGAUUCCCGUUGUCAUAUUAUAGAAAGCUUUCUCUCGCCGUCGUUUGUUUCCCCCCUGGUGCGCAUUCUAUUGUGCCUAUUAUAUAAGGUAUAAUAAUUAUCAGAUUUCGUUUGUUGCCAUUUCCCAGUUUUAGAGCCCAAACGUGUUCCGGAAUUUAGAUCAGUGUUUCCUUUUGCUCAGGAAGUGUGUUUUUAGACUUGUUCUAUAGUUAUUUAUAUACGACGAUGUGAAUCGCAAAUGACUGAAAGAAUAAGAUUACCAUUUGUUUUCCGGUAAAGUUUUGGCGUUUACACUUAUUAAGGAAAACGCAUGUUUUCCCUGUAUUUUUCAUGUGUUUAAUAACCGCUAAAUUUUUAUAAUUAUUAUGUAAGUACUUUAUUCGGAAGGUCGAAUGCGAUAAUGUGGUAAGAAUGAUAAAAAUGGCUAGCACUAAUUGAAAGAGAACAAAUAAUUCUUAUAGGCCAAAAUAAGUUAAAUUUUCAUUUUCGCAUUUCGUCUUUUAGAAUUAUUAAUUGUUGCUCAUACAUUAUUUGAACUAGAGAUAUAGUUUAAUUAUCGACCGUGUCCGUUUUACUAUAUUUUUGACAAGGGAAAAUCACGGAAAUCGUGAAAAUGCGUGAAAAUGAAGAAGUUGUAAAUGUAAAUUAUUGAGAUCUGGCAACAUCUAAACUCAUCUUGCACGCACACGACAAUAACAACACAGCGCCAAAGCCAUCAAAUAUCAUCCUUCCGGUUUUCUUUUCUAAUUUCUAAUUUGAUUUUGUCUACCAAAGUCAUAUGUAAAAUGUCCGUCAUUUUGGAAACUACCAAAGGCGAUUUGACGGUUGAUCUGUACAUCAAAGAAAGACCUAAAACUUGCCUCAACUUUCUUAAGCUUUGUAAGAUGAAAAGCUACAACUUCAACAGAUUUCACCAUGUUGAGCGGAAUUUUUUAUGUCAAACUGGAGACCCCACUGGAACGGGCAGAGGAGGUGAAUCAAUAUUUGGGGUAUUAUAUGGACAACAAGCAAAAUACUAUGAGGCUGAGCAAGUACCUGUGUUGAAGCACACCAAACCUGGGUUGCUUUCAAUGGUGAAUGUCGGAGAUAACAUGCUUGGAUCUCAGUUCUUCAUUACUCUUGGUGAUAAUUUGGACUAUCUUGACAAAGAGCAUUGUGUGUUUGGGGAAGUUGUUGAAGGUCAUGAUGCCUUGCUCAACAUUAAUGAAGCCAUUUGCGAUGAAAAUCACAUCCCUUAUCAGGAUAUUAGGAUAACCCACACUGUUAUUCUUGAUGACCCAUUCCCAGACCCAUCAGGCUUAGAAAUUACAAUUCAUUCACCUGAACCCACCAGAGAAAUGCUUGAUAGUGGGCGAAUUGCUGCUGAUGAAGACAUCAAUGAAAUGGAAGGCAAGACGGCCGAAGAAAUUGAAGAAGCGAUUGCAGAUAAGGAAGCCAAAGCUCGUGCAACAAUCCUUGAAAUGGUUGGCGACUUGCCUUCUGUUGAUGCAGCUCCUCCUGAGAAUGUGCUCUUCGUUUGUAAGCUCAAUCCUGUGACAACUGAUGAUGAUCUCAUGAUUAUCUUCAGUCGUUUUGGCAAAAUAGUCAACUGUGAAAUUAUUCGUGAUCGACAAACGAUGAAUUCUCUCCAGUACGCUUUCAUCGAGUUUGAUAACCCCAAAUCAUGUGAGGAUGCCUAUUUUAAAAUGGACAAUGUAUUAAUCGACGACCGACGUAUUCAUGUUGAUUUCUCGCAGUCCGUCUCCAGAUUACAGUGGAAAGGAAAAGGACGAGGAGUGGAUUUCAUCGGUGGCAAACCUUUUGAUCCCAACAAGGAAGACUACAAGAUGAAAGGUCCACACAAGAAAGAACAGGGAAAAUAUAUCCAAAAUGAUGACUACCAAAAGAGGCGUGAUCCCCAGCAAAGACCAAGAGAUUACCAACCAAGAAAUUCCGGAUAUCGUGACAAUCGAGACGAUAGAGGUCGUCGGGAUGAUCGAGAUUAUCGCGAUCGCAACGAGCAUCGAAAUGAUAGAGAUCGUCGAGAUGAUAGGGUUGACAGUCGAGGACGGCAUGGCGAUCGAGACCAUCGAGAUAAUCGUGAACAUCGAGAUCAAGGACAUAAUCGCGAUCGUCGGGAAAAAUCAGAUCGCCGAGAGCACCGGGAUCACCGUGAUCACCGUGAACGACAUAGAUCCCCAGAUAGAUCACGUAAGGAAGAAUAUGCCAGUCCACAAAAAAGGAUACGCAGAACCGAAAAUGUUGCCUCAAGUUACAAAACAACUGAAGAUGCGAAGAAGCCAGGGUACAGCUUCGAGUCAUCCUAUGACAACAACUCUCGCUCUGAGAGCCGUCAUGGAAAAGUGACAACCGGUUCGUAUCGUGUACCGCUCCCCGAUGGCCGUGUUCAGGUUGUCAACUACAGGGCUGAUGAAAAUGGAUAUGUCGCUGACGUGAAAUACGAGGGCGAGGCCAAAUAUCCAGAAUACAAACCCGCAUCUUCUUAUUCCGCUCCAGCCUACAAGGCUGAAACCGUACCGGUUUACGAGGUUGUUACGGCCAAACCGACUUACAAGAUUCCUACUACUCCGGCUCCUACGACUACUAGCCCAGCUUAUAAGGCCCCUGCAUACGUUGAACCUAGCUAUAUAGCGCCAGCGCCGACUGCUGCUCCAACCUAUGAGGAUCGUUCUUAUCCUGAUCCUGAAUAUAAGGCUUUGUACAAAAUAGAAACUACCACCCCGGCUCCAACGACGACUCCACGGGCUUAUGUGGCUCCUGUUGAUGUUAAGUACAAAGUUCCUGCUUACUCUGCUCCGGCCUACCAGACCGCAGUUUCUCCUGCAUAUGGUAUUCGCUAUAUUGGUGACGCAAAACAAUACGAGGACAGGAACAAAUAUCUGGAAACUAAAGUGAACCCCUCUCCAGCCUACAAAUCUACUUUUUUUAUCAUUCCCAAGUACAAAGUUUCCUCUUUGGCCGCCCCAGUCUAUGAGACACCAGAAGUGCCAGAUUAUAGAACAUCUUUCUACUCCGCUCCUGCUGCUCCUUUGCCCCUUGCUUACAGACCCCGUUACGCCGUCAAGGCAGCAGCUAAUAAAGUCGUCGAUCAUAGCACAGACUACAAGGAAUCGCCUCACGUCGCUCCCAAAGUGACAGUUUCCGUUUAUACCCCAGUCUAUUCUGCCCGUACUACCACUACUCCAGCAUACCAGGAUUUGACAACUGCUGCUCCCGCCUACAACGUUCCGAUUACCACAACUGCUUCCCCGAUUUAUACUACUUCAUCCUACAAAGCUCCCAAGUACGAAACUUCCACCAGCGCUCCGGCUUACAAGCCAUCUACUUUCUUCACUUCGAAUAAAGAUAGCAUCUCUACUGGCUACAAGGAACUAUCCAGAAUCUUCCGUGAAACAUCUUUGACAGCCGGAAAUAAAAAUUGGGAUAAUUUCUUUAACAAAGCUUGGGAAUUCGCCAGAACAAAAUAUUAAAUUACUUAAUUAUUCCCGAAAACAUUCAUUUUAAAUUUCAUUAAAUAUUUAUUAAUCACAAUGUACUACCUUUGAAAGGAGCGAAUUCUUGUUUUUUUUAGCUUUGUUUUUAGUAUAAAAGUCAUUUUUGUCCAAUGUGCUCUUUCAAAAUGAAAUAGAAAUCAAGAAAUUUACAUGCUAGACGGUGCGAGUCGAUUGCUUUCACAUUUGAAAGUGAAGGGUUUUGUAAUCUCCAGACCAGUCUUUACGGAGCUUGCAGCGCGAAAAUCAAAAUCAGUUGUUAAUUAACUGAUUGACCAGUUCUUCUUGCAAUUUGCGGUAAGUAAUAUUUGUGUAUAGUCAAAUAAAGAUCCCUUUCGCGUUUGCCCC